AUGGGCGUUUCCGAACACGUGUCCGCUACCGAUCUGCCCAAUCUAGAUCUGGAUAGACCUGGCUCACAUGGAGCUGAUGAUGAAGACAUUCCCCGGAGGAAACAACGCCGUUACAGAACUACAUUCACCAGUUACCAACUUGACGAGUUAGAGAAAGCAUUCGGAAGGACGCAUUAUCCUGAUGUUUUUACUAGGGAGGAAUUGGCUCUGAAAAUUGGUCUCACAGAAGCAAGAAUACAAGUAUGGUUUCAAAACCGGCGAGCAAAAUGGCGUAAGCAGGAAAAGGUGGGACCACAUGCGCACCCGUAUAGCGGUUAUCUGGGCAGCGGGCAACCCCUCCCCCCACCGGCCAGUUUACCACCACCCCCGCACCCCCUCUCACAGCUCGGCUUCAGCUUGAGGAAACCGUUUGACAACGCAUUAGUGUCGUUCAGAUACGCGAAUACGCCACUAUUCGGAGCUCAAUACUUGCCCCCUCUCUCGCGGCCUCUCCAUUUUGGCGCACCGCUUUACGCGACGUCGCCCGCGCACUUCCACUCGCUGCUAGCCAACCUGACCGCACCAGAGGCGCCGAGGCUGUCCCCACAAUACUCCGACCACACAUCAGAGCAUUCUAGAGUCUCCUCGGAAGCAAGGGUAUCCCCCGACCGUUCGCGGCCACAAUCCCCUGCACCGUCCAUCUCCCCCCCAAUUUCACCUGGCAGUGAGUCUAUACAUGUGGACGAUGUGGCUAGCUCUAGUAUUCAUGCGUUGAGGCUGGCGGCCAGGGAACACGAGAUCCGAUUAGAGUUAUUGAGGCAAAGAGCCGAUUUAAUGUGUUAA